AAACUUGUUAAAAGCACCUUUACCGCAAGGCGCAAUACCGUAGGUGACAGUGGAGCCUUAUGGCAUCUCAUUGCAUACUACUACCAGCACGAUGUUAAUUCCUUGCGUGCCCCAGACACCGAUCCAGACUACGCGCCGAUCGUCAGUCGAAUGCCUCAGGGGUACUUCGUCUCGAAUCGAAAGGACAAGAGCCGCAAAGCCAAGGAGGUUCCACCUCCUGUCCAACAAAUCGCAUUCAAUCACCCGUCACCCUCACCAACCUCCUCACAUGUACCGUCUAGUGGCAUACCAACUUCAGUGCCUCUCCUCUCACCUAUUCAGACGUCUGCCCAUCAACACCCUCACCACCGUCCGCAACUGUCGGUCUCCGUACCUACAACCCCACACGACUCCGCGGGCGCUGGAUAUCCUCGUUUCGGUCAGGAGCCUUACGCUACGUCUAGUUAUCGUGAUAUUCCAGGGCCGCAUGCACAUCGCAGUGGUGGAGGGUGUGGCGAUGAAAGCUCUUCCGACAUUUACAGCUCUUCGCCCUCGCCCUCGCCCGGCCUCUCGCCUGCCUCUUCUGGUCUGUCGCAAGACGAUCGCCAUGAUGAGCCGGCGUUGAUUCCGAACGGUGGCGCCCUCCACCCGUCAACAGCGCACCAUCAAAACGGCAUUCAACAUUAUUACCCUGGCGCGUUGCCUUUGAGUAGGAAUAGCGUGAUUUUGCCAUCAAUUGCCUCACUUCGUGUAAGGAUUACACGCGGUGAGCAAGUACUCAUCGAUGAAGUAGAAGGCUCUGCGCGUUUGGGUGAAGAUGAGAAGCAACUUCAGAAGUUGAAUCCAACUUUAUCACAGCUUUUCUGAUGCCUUUUCUCGAUAUAUAUAUGUGUGCGUCCGUGUCCGUUACGACGAUCCGGGGGGAGGUGAUAAAUAAAAGUUCGCGGUGUUGCUAACUUGACUCCUCCACUCCCCACCCUCGACUGG